AUGGAUCAGUCUGGUAAUGGAGCUGUCGGAUUCAAUCGGAGGAGGAGAGGUUCCGUAGAAGACCAACAGAUCUACCAGAAUAGUCGCCCGAUAAAUCGCCGGAGAACUGACGGCACAAACUCUGACGGUGAAAUUCAAACCGGCGAUGACGAGCUGUUUCUCUCUCUUGCGUUGAGCUUAGGUCCUCCUCCGUCGAUGACGCCAUCGCAGCCACAGCCGAUGGCUUCUUCACGCCUCCUAAUGACGUCAUCACAACCGAUCACGUUCAUCCUCCCUCCUCUACCUCCGCCCCCGCCCCCGCCGCCGUUAGAGGCUGAUUUUGUCUCUCCACGACAUGAUUUCCGGUCAGAUUUCGUCCACUCGCGGGAUCCGGUGAAUAACUCCGCUGGAGAGCCUCGCCGUACUCCCACAGUCCCGCCGGCGACUGCAAAGUUAGCGACGGUACCGCCGCCGUACCCGUGGGCAACAAAUCAACGAGGGAGGAUUCACAGCUUAGAGUACCUCGAAUCAAAGCAGAUAACAGCCAUAACUGGAGACGUACAGUGCAAACACUGCGAGAAGAUUUGGCAAAUCAGCUACGAUCUGAAGGAAAAGUUCGCAGAAGUAGAGAAAUUCAUCGAAGAGAACAAGGAGAGCUUGAGGGAGAGAGCUCCGACGAUAUGGAUGAACCCAGUAGCGAUGAGAUGCGAGUUCUGCGAGAGGGAAAAGGGGGUGAAGCCAGUGAUCAGUGAUCGGAAAAGGAAGAUCAAUUGGCUGUUCUUGCUCCUGGGUAGAAAUCUGGGUUACUGUACAUUAGAGCAGCUCAAAUAUUUCUGCAAACACUCCAACAAUCAUCGUACUGGCGCCAAGGAUCGUGUUCUUUAUCUCACAUAUCUUGGUCUUUGCAAAAUGCUCAAGCCAUGUGAUCUCUUUGAUCGUUGA